AUGAGCUACAAUGUGGUCAUCUUGGACAGUUGGCGAAAUCGUCUUCUCACCGCCAAGUUACGAGAACUCUAUAGCGGCAAAUCUAGCGAAGAACGCAUGCAGAUCCAGGCGUCCCGCUUCGUGUCCAUAUGCCUCAGACUGGCGCGCGUGGACACGUUGGAGCUCGCCAAAAGGGCUUACGAGCUCCUCAUCAAAGAAACGAAUCACGUGCGGAACGAUGUUGAUCCAACCAUAAGCACAGUGUUGCAACUCAUAUUCGACCAAGCUGGCCCGCCGGAGGAGUUGACUGACUGGAGAAUACUGCGCGAUGUCGUCGACACGGUCGUGCAUCAGCCGGAGGUAACAAAGAUUCAUGAGUGGUUCGGAGACCAUCAGUGGUGGGACUACGUUGCUCAGGUUCCGGAGGGUGAUGUGGACGGUGUCAGCGUUAACGUGGGUCCUUCGCGUAUCUUGGCACCGUCGCAUCUCUUGCAACUCACCAAUAAGAAUGGCAUCGCCAACGCCCCUUUCAUGAGCCUGUCUAGACACAAGGCCGACGAUGAUCCUCGCGUGCGAAGUGGGGGGUCAGUCAAGGAAUCUGUGACAAAAGCAGGAUCUUCGACUUCACCCUAUCCGGGACAUGUCCCUGCUGACCUGAACUUUGUCGCAGAGGAGCGCGACGGCCUGGGCACCGAUGACAACACCGGUCACCAUCGGACUCUAGAGUCACUGCCGCCGUCUCAGGUCUGCCCCCGGAAGCGUCCAAGUAGGCGACGUGCGAAUUCACAUCGCAGCUCAAAGGCUCCGAAUUCACCUCAAGUUCCCGCAUCCCCCUCCUUCCACGUCGCAGUCGAUGGGGCUGAGCACAACAACUCGAACGCUGAAGGAGACUCUGUCCGACCGGAUGGCAAAUUUUUCAGUUCAGUGGCUGUCAUUGCCUCGAGUGACGAAGGCACAGACUCAACUCCGACGAUGCCACUUCAGAGACCGACGGUGAAGGCUAAACCAAGGUCAAAGUCGCAGGCCCCGUCGACAAUAACAACGCGUGUACGAAACCCGUCCACAUGGUAUGUGCGCGGCAUUCGGUUUCUUCCGAAUCGUCCGGCGGUGCACGUCCUCGAUCUCCUUGAACCGGGGAAAUACCUGGAUCUCUUCAGCCUAUUUCAGCUGCCACAAAUGCAUGGCAUACGCGAAGCUGAUCUGGCUGAGUAUACGGUGCCCUGCAAGUCUUGUCAUAGGGAGCGCUUGAAUUGCAUAUUCAGACCUGGCAAAAUCUCCAUUGGUGGCGCCUGUUUGGCUUGCUACUAUAAACAGGUUGGAUGUUCGGCGGGAAACCAGAAGAUCACGCUUGGCGACAAUGUCUGUUUCCGUCAUCCCAGCGGGUUCCGAGGUUCAACGCCGGAACUAAGGGUACCCGAGCUGCACGUCCGCGCGAGUUUCCUGCAGAGCCUCGUCAACGACGGGCACCUCAAAGAGUGGCCGAACUUCAUAGAUAAUGAUGGUCAAAUCAAUCACAAGGACUUUGCGAAGGACCCAGCAUUUGAUGUCGAUGAAUCCCAGUCACUGUACUUUCAGGUGUCUCCUUUCCACGCCUCAGACGAAGAUUAUUACUCGGUUCACCCUCGUUAUCACGAGACAAACGCAUCUAGCAUCAAGGCGGAGGAGUUUGAGUCAAUUUUAGAGGAUGGUACGGACCUGUACACUUUCGAUGGCGCUCCGCCCAGCGUGGGUGCCGGCCGUGAAAUGACAGAACGGGGAAUCGGUGAGGGGUGGGGUGUGCAGGCAGAUGCGGAUGUGGAGGUAGAUGCAGAUGCAGAGGUGGGGGUAAAGGAAAAGGCGGAGGCGGAGGCAGUGGAUGUCGAUGUGGAUGCGAGUGUGACUUUGGAGGAGCAUGCAGGCCGGGGAGCAGGCGUGGAAGCUAUGCCGUAUCUACAGACGAAGGAUGCCAAUCGCGACCGGGGGCGAGACGUGAACCUGAGUAUAGACCAGGAGCAGGAAUGGAGGCAAGGCGCUGAGACGAGGCCGACGCCCGUCAAUCACAUGUGGCCAUCCACGGACGUUCACCAUGUGCUCCUGUCAAUCAGAGACUCCGUCUGUAGGAUGCAUGAGCGUAUCGACCGCAUUGAAAUAGCAUUGGGUACAGCCGACACGCCCAGGAGCGAUGACUCACUGGAGAGGUGA